AUGGUAUCACCUUCUCUUCCAUCCACUGUCCAAAGGAAAAGACAGCGGGUAGAGAGUGUAUAUCCACGGCGACGUUCUGUUAUGGCGUGUAACAUCUGCCGUGGCCGCAAGAGCAAGUGUGAUAACGGCCGGCCGUCAUGCAGUUUCUGCCUCCAGACUGGCGCAAUAUGUAUCUACGAAGAUCAACGGUCUGACUACUCCAACUUCGACGCAGCAAGUGUACAUAUCAUAGACCGGUUAGAUAGUUUAGAGCGGCACUUGGAGGAACGACUCGGCACAGGAAACAUACCAAGGCUCACCUAUUAUCCUGUGAUGGAAACCAUACUCGAGUGGCCAGUCUUCGAAGACCUUACGUCGUUAAGGAAAGGCCAGUCUUUGGCAAUAGCUGACUCAGACUCAGAGGAUUACAAUGUGUCACCAGGCAACCCGACAGAGCAAAGUUCUGAGGCUGCAGGGGUUGGGCUUGAUAUCGAUAUUGAUCAUGCCAUUCAUAUGUUCUUGCAGAACGUCCAUUCUAAAAACCCCAUACUAGAUUCUCGCUUGUUAGCUGAAGCAGUUCGAUACUGCUCUGAGAAUGGCUUUGAUACGAGUAAAGAAUCUGCUCUCGUGAUUAUUGCUUGCGCUCUAGGACUCCGCUCGUCACCAUUUGUACCAUCCCGAGAUAGGAAACAUGUGCCGCGAAACUCGGCAGACGAUCAGGCUGAGCAGUUGUUCCGCAGGGGCAUUCAGAUCUUGGCCUUGCAACCGCCCUCGCUCUUGGCAACCCAAUGUCGAUUCUUCUGUGGAGUAUACGAGAUGUUUUGUAUUCGUCCAGUUGCCGCUUGGCUACACUUCAGUCAAGCCAGCCUUCAACUCAAGCUUCACAUCCAUUCAAGAACUUUUUCUUGUCCAGUUGAUCCUUCAGUGGAUAGUGGGUUACUGCAAAGACUAUACUGGUCGUGUAUGCAAUCAGAAUGUGAGCUGUCGAACGAGCUGCGAACCACGACUGUAGGCCUCGAGCAUCUAGCCUUCCCUUAUGCAUUCCCACAACCCCCAGCUCAAAAUGGACCCUCGUCUCCUUUCGACCCCGGCGCCAACGCGGGGCUCGAAAGCUGGAUGUAUUAUCUGUCUGAAACCUCCCUGCGUAGGGUGGGCAACGAGAUCAUCAGCACGUUGUAUAGUCAAGAACCCUUGACUUGGACAAAAGAUAUCCCUGGUUUGUGUGUUAGAUCACAACAGCUACUGGAUAAGCUUGAUGCAUGGAUGUAUAACUUACCUAAUGAGCUACGAGUCGCUGAGCCUAUCUCUGAAUCGUCAAAUGAGUUGGGGUUACAUGUCCGAAGCAGAUAUCUCCUCUAUCGUUCCUGGGCUCUUCGGCCGUUACUCUAUAUCAUGAUCCAUGCCUCUCAAUCCGAUUUGCUUCAACACAGAUCAAUUGCGGAGCCACUAGCAUACAACUGCUUGGUUAGCUGCAUUGACUCGAUCAACGACGUGACCUAUCACCAUCGGCAUCACGGGACGUGGUAUACCCUGCGUGUGGUAGUCAGCUCUGCUCUCUCAAUAAAGGCGGCCUCGAGAGUUAAUACUAUGAAUCUGCCGCCAGGGUGGCAGGACGAAGUGAGAAAGGCAUUAUCUAUCCUGGAGAGUUGGAGCACCGAGGCUGGAGAUCUGCGCGCAAGUCUAGAUAUUAUCAAGUCUGCAUAA